AUGAGACAACUGACAGAAGAAGAAACCAGAGUUGUAUUUGAGAAACUCGCAGCAUACAUUGGUAGAAAUAUUUCUUAUCUUGUCGACAAUAAAGAAAAUCCACAUGUGUUUAGAUUACAAAAGGACAGAGUUUAUUACGUACCAGAGAAUGUUGCCAAACUAGCUACUAGUGUUGCCAGACCAAACCUUAUGUCUGUUGGUAUAUGUUUAGGUAAAUUUACAAAGACAGGGAAGUUUAGAUUACAUAUUACAUCUUUAUCUAUUCUAGCACAACAUGCUAAAUAUAAGAUUUGGAUUAAACAAAAUGGUGAAAUGCCUUUCCUAUAUGGUAAUCAUGUCUUAAAGGCACAUGUCGGUAAAAUGUCUGAUGAUAUCCCAGAACAUGCAGGUGUCAUUGUAUUCUCUAUGCAUGAUGCUCCACUUGGUUUUGGUGUUAGUGCUAAGAGUACUUCUGAAGCAAGAAAUUUACAACCUACUGCCAUUGUUGCAUUUAGACAAGCUGAUAUUGGUGAGUAUCUAAGAGAUGAAGAUACUUUGUUCACUUAG